AUGCUAAUGCUGCUACUUUCGUGCAAAGUGAGCCGGCAUUUCUGUCUUGUAUGCUGUAGAAUCGCGUUCCAGGCGUAGAGGCAAAGAGAGGGCUGGUAUUGUAUCUGUAGGUGAUUCGUAAAUUGUCCUUGGACCUGUAUCUACAGCGGUUCUUCCCUGCCCAUAGCGAGCCCUUCUCAAGAGUGUCCUCCUACGUUCACCGUCCCUUUCAAGUCGGGCGGAAGCUAGAUGAGCAGCACCAGAGCCUGCCGACAAUUCGUGACCAGAACAGUUAUACACUCGGAUGUAUAGGAGAGCAUAACAUUGUUAUCGCGGUUAUGCCACAGAUCGGCAAUAACAAGGCGGCAACAGUCGCAACACAGUUGCUAAACGACUUUCCAUCGAUCAGGUUUGGCUUGUUAGUAGGCAUCGGGGGUGGUAUACCCGGCGAUGACGAGGACGACAUUCGACUGGGAGACAUCGUGGUUAGCAAGCCAACGGCAACAUUUGGAGGGGUUGUGCAGUUCGACAGAGGGAAGAUGAACACUAACGGAGAAUUCGAACGGACCGGAGCAUUGAGUAAACCUCCGCCCAUGCUUCUAGCAAAUGUGCAGAAGCUAGCGUCAAACCAUAGAAUGUAUGGUAGCCACAUCCCUACACAUCUGUCAGAAAUGUUCAAGAAAUUCCCGAAAAUGGCAGCUGAAUAUGCUUCCCCGGAUAGCGAGCAAGAUCAGUUGUUUGAU